UCUAAUUCAUCAAUAAAUGCGUCAAUUACUCUGUCCUCUCCCUCCCCCUUCCGCUUCCUCCCUUGAUCGAGUUCGCACGAAUCUGGAAAGCAGGCGGAAUCUUUCCCUCUAUUCCAAUCCCCCAAUCGGAAUCUUUCCCUCUAUUCCAAUCCCCCAAUCGUCGCGCUCGUCCCUGACUGCGCUCAAAAUCUCCACUUUCGAUCCGUUUCCCCUCGAAAUCCGGCGGUCGGAGAGGUAUUGGACUGCUGGUGAGUUGAGGGGCGGGAAGGUCGGGCCUUUGCUCCUCUUCUGGUCCGGGAGAUGGGCGGGGUCACGUCGUCGGUGGCGGCGAAGUUCGCAUUCUUCCCGCCGAGCCCUCCCUCGUACGGUGUGGCGGUCGCGGAUGAGGCGACGGGGCGGGUGGAGAUGACGGGCGUGGCGCCACGGGAGAACGUGGAGGUCCGACGGCUGCGUACGAGGCGGAGGACGGAGAUCGUCUCCAUGUACGUGAAGAACCCCGCUGCGCGUCUCACCGUGCUCUACUCGCACGGGAACGCCGCCGACCUUGGGCAGAUGUAUGAGCUCUUCUGCGAGCUCAGCAAACAUCUCUGCGUCAAUCUUAUGGGGUAUGAUUAUUCUGGGUAUGGACAAUCUUCUGGAAAGCCAAGCGAGCAAAACACUUACGCUGAUAUAGAAGCUGCUUAUAGGUGUCUUGAAGAAACAUAUGGAGCUCAUGCAGAAAACAUUAUACUUUACGGCCAGUCGGUUGGUAGUGGGCCUACAUUGGAACUGGCUACCCGUUUACCAAACUUAAGAGCAGUCGUGCUCCACAGCCCGAUUUUGUCUGGUUUGCGCGUCAUGUAUCCUGUGAAGUAUUCAUACUGGUUCGAUAUAUAUAAGAACAUUGAUAAAAUUCCUUCAGUUCAAUGUCCAGUGCUGGUUAUACAUGGAAUGGCGGAUGAUGUCGUGGAUUCGUCCCAUGGAAAACGCCUUUGGGAGCUUUGCAAAGAAAAAUAUGAACCUUUAUGGAUUAAGGGAGGGAAUCACUGUAAUUUGGAAUUGUACCCAGAGUACAUAAGGCAUCUUAAGAAGUUCAUAUCAGCGGUCGAGAAGACACCUCCAGCUGAAACUGCAUUGACUGAUCGAGCACUCGUACAGGAUCCUCCUAGUACGAGCACUGAUCAUAUUGAUCUCCAAAGAAAAAGCACAGAUAGGAGGGAAAAACCAAGGGCGAGUACUGAUUGCAGAGAGAAGGGUAGAAAUAGCACAGAUAGGAGAGACAGACCGAGAAUAAGCAUCGAUAAGAAAGAAAAAUCAAGAAAGAGCUUUGAAGUCACCGAAAAAGCGAGACUUAGUGUGGAUCAGCCAGAGAAACCGAGGAAGAGCUUUGACCGGUUCGGAGGAAUGAUGAAGUCGGUAGGCUUGUGUAAUAUCGAUUGUUUCAAAGUUCCCGCUUCUCAACUGGAGGAGUGCAAAGGCGAGUGCUAGUAUUCAGUCACACACGAACAUCUCCACAGUGAUUGUUUAGAUUCUACGAGGCGAUUUUAGUGAUGGAAAUGUAGGUUUGUUCAUCGAAGAAGGGAUCCACAUUAGUUGUUUUGUAAGUUGCCCUCAUGAUGGAAAGUUUUCCCUUGUGUUAUCCAACUGAAUAAAAACAAAAGCAAUGCUUUCCAAGUACUUAUACAAUAGGGUUCAAACAUAGCCAUGCUCUCUAUUUUGACAAUUUUCAAGUCAAAAAUGUUCUUUUUUUAAGUCAAACUUGAUUAUGUGACUCUCAUUAGUAAGAUUA